UUGCAACCUUGAGAGAAGUCAUGGCAGCACGAAGGUUGGCGAAGUCGGCGGUCGACUGGACGGCGUUUGCCGAAAGGGUGCCUCCAGCACAAAAAGAAUAUUUCCGUGCAUUUAAAGCACGGUCAGAAGGCUUUGUAAAUCGGGUACAUCAGUAUCCAGAAAAACUGCCUGCUAUAGACUUUGCUUUCUACAAAAGAGCUUUGGCUUCUCCUGCUCUUGCAGAGCAAUUCGAAAAGUCAUAUCAAGGAUUGAAUAUCCCAUACCCCAAGGAUAAAUCUAACUUGGCAGCAAAGGUGGAUUCAGAGAAGUCUGCUGCUGAGGCAACUAGCAAGAGCCUUGUGAAAGAGCUGCAAGAAGAAAUAUCUCAGGCUAAACAAGUGCUAUCCAAACUGGACUCAUUGCCUCCGCCUGAGCAUAUGACCUUGGAGAUGUACAGUUAUUACUUCCCUGAGAAUGACCUUGACCCCAACAAGCCAACUCACUGGCCACACACCCCAGAAUUCCAGCCUGCUAACAAGAAAGAUCUCCUUAUGUAAUUAUAUUGUCUUUAGAAUUUCAUCAAUUUUGCCGAUAAAGUGUAAUAUUGAAUAGCUCAUGGUUUGCUUUUGGAAGUGUAUAGUGUUUUGAAAAUUUAGGUACUUGUGAGCAACACAUCUAUGUCAGUGUUACACGGUGAUCUUGUAUAUAUUCAGGAAAAUGGUUGUCACUAGCAAAACCUGCACACAAUUUGGAAUUGACUGGAUGAUUCUAGUAAUAAACACAUUUGAAAACAA